GCCCAAGACAAUACUUUCACUCCUUUUGCUCUUUCCAUCAUGGAAAAAGUCCAAGAACAACCCGCUCAGACAUUGAGUGAGACCGCUGAACAACCUGCUGAAAGGGUGGUUGAACAGCCUCAGGACAGCGCUGCUACUGCGGCUCCCCCUGGCGACUCCAAGGAGGCUGAGACUGAGAAGCCUGCCGAAGUAGCACCCAAAGAAGACUCCAAGGAAGCUCCUGCUCCACCACCAGCUGCCACCACAGCGGCCACUGCAGACGACGCCAAUUCUGACAUUAUCGAAGAAGUCAAAGACAAAGCCGGCGCGAAUACCCAAGUUGCUGAUCCGAAACCCCAGGAACCAGCUGACACCCGUCCUUCUUACCUCGUCAAUAACGCGGCGCUAUCCCAGUUCUUCGACCGCCUCGCCCCGAUCGUUGAGAAAGCCGGCCACAAUGAAAUGUGGGGAGUCCCCCUUAAGGAUGCUCAGGAUGCUCCUACUGUCAACAUCAUGAUCAAGUUCUUGCGAGCCAACGAAGGGAAUGUGAAACUUGCAGAGGAACAGCUUGUCAAAGCCCUUGAGUGGCGUAAAAAGAUGAACCCCCUUGCAUUGGCUGAGAGCGCAGCUUUCCCCUCAAGUAAAUUCAAGGGUCUGGGCUAUAUCACAACCUAUCGUGAUCCGACCACCGAGAAAAAUGUAGUCUUUACCUGGAACAUUUACGGUUCAGUCAAGAAUGUCGACUUGACCUUUGGCAACCUGGAAGAGUUUAUAAAAUGGCGCGUUGCCCUUAUGGAGUUGGCCAUCCGCGAGCUUCGCCUUGAAUCAGCUACUUCAGUCAUGGAUUACAACGGCGAAGAUCCUUAUCAAAUGAUCCAAGUUCACGACUAUCAGAACGUUAGUUUCAUUCGUAUGAAUCCAAAUAUCCGCGCGGCGUCUCGUGAAACUAUUGAAGUCUUCAGCACCGCUUAUCCCGAGCUUUUGAAGGAGAAAUACUUCGUCAAUUUGCCAGUUGUGAUGGGAUGGGUCUUUACUGCUCUCAAGGUAUUCCUUAGCAAGAAUACGAUCCGCAAAUUCCAUCCAAUCACCAACGGAGUCAACUUGGCUCGUGAAUUCACCACCUUUGGCGAAGAAAUUCCGAAGACCUACGGUGGAAAAGGUGAUGUUCUGGCGGACUCUGGUCGGACCGUCACGCUCCAGGAUGAUAAAGCCCCUGAAACCAAGCCCGAAGAGAAUGGGAAUGCAUCUCAAGCUCCGGAGGCUGAACCUGCCAGUGGAAACCCUGCCCAGACAGAUGCUACUAACGGACCUGCUAAAGAUGACGCACCAAAGAACGACAAGCCCGCCGUCCCAACUGACACCAAAACUGACGCCCCAGCCGACGCCCCAGCCAAUACUUUGGCCGAUGCUCCCGCUGAUUCUCGCCCAAAUUAGCCACCUACUCGCUAGACCACCCCCCGUUGAUACAAUACGGUCUCUUGCCUGGAUUCCAUUACGCGGCGUUAUCCUAGGCGAUAUUACCCUCUCUGGCGUCUUGUUAAUGGCAUGAUUCAAAAAUGUUACGUGCUUUUAAGAUACCUCUUCCCCAUACCCUAAUGUACUCUACCGUUGCGAAGGAGCUAAAGGUAGUCAAAAAGAUUAAAUUCAAGUAUCCAACACAUUCUAUACUGA